AUGUUGAUGACGCAGCGAAGUAACUUGACCGAGCUUCAGAAGGAACACGCCCUUUCUACAGGCCCGCUAGCUGACCAAGUUGCUCGCACUAUUCGCGACUCGAUCGAGCUCGUCAAGCUGCUUGGCGAAAGAUAUUUGUGGGUUGAUGCACUAUGCAUUGUCCAAGACGAUGGGGCAUCCAAGCACCACCAGAUCACCAACAUGUCGUCAAUCUACGCUGCUGCCAAACUGACGAUAAUUUCUGCCCAAGCAGCCGAUGCUUGGCACGGCCUGCGAGGCCUUGGGAAUAUCUCGAAACCUCGCUCCCUCCAUUUACGAACCGUGUUUGCAGGCGGCUAUCGUUUCGUGGAGAGGCUAGAGUAUACAACAGGUCUAAUGCCAUGGUGCCGGCGAGGCUGGACCUUCCAAGAAGCUUUGUUCUCUCCCAGACGCCUCAUUUUCAGUGACGACUCGGUCCAAUGGAGCUGUGGUGCCGUGGUCUGGACUGAAGACCUAGACUACGAUCACAAGCCAAGGCUCCUAGGGUCUGGACGGGGGAUAAUAGGCGAAGAGGUGUUGAAUACUCCCUUUCCAGACAUCACAGGGCUGAACCAGCUGGUGGAAACUUAUGGGACCCGACAGUUCACCUUUCCAGAGGACACAUUGAGCGCCUUUGCCGGAUUCUCAACUGCUAUCAGCAAUAUCUUUCUGGGAGGCUUCAUCCAAGGCCUUCCGAUCAUGUUUCUCGAUGCCGCGCUUCUGUGGAAGUCGGGUCCUUUUACCCAAUGGCCUCGGCCUGGUUCUCUCAACAAGAUCUACCGAAAGGUCCCUUCAAAAGCGCAAGGAGAUUGCCCACCGACCUGGUCCUGGGCUGGCUGGGCCACAGAGGUGGAGUGUUCGUCUUGGGUCGGGGCAAGCGAUUACAUUCGAUACAGUAAAACUAUGCGCUUCUACUCGGACGGUUGCCGGACAGAGCCCUUGGUGCAAUGGUUCGCUCGAGACAAGAAGGAAUCUGAGCCAAAGCUCAUACCCUAUCAGAAUGAGGGGUUCAACUACAGACAGCGCUUCCUGAAUAAGGGGGAGGGUGAUCUACCACCUGGCUGGACGAGAUUGGAAAACCACAACUCUACGGUUAAAGAUGAUGAGCACUUCCGUCCUUGGAAACCCCUAGAGGAAACGCCAAGCUUCUACUAUGUACAUGAGGAUGCUCCGGAGACUGAGUUUUGGUAUCCCAUUCCAAUAAUCAAAUUGAGCCAAACCUCGAACGAUUUUCAAUGGGGAAGGUACCUGUCCUGUCGGACACAGAAGGGCCUGUUUUGGAGGGAGCCGUCCGGGAACGUGCUACAUGGAGAACAAGACGCUAGGAUUCUCGAUUGGGAACACAACUACCCUGGCACUCCUCCCGAGAAAUUUACAGACGACCCUAUUCCUAUGUAUCUGAAAGAUCAGAACGGAUUGUUUGCUGGUUAUCUCACCUUGCACGCGGCUACAGGUUUUUCAACCAUGGAUGCGGAGGACGAAGAGGGCCAGCCGACUAAGGCACAGUAUACAUACGGGUCAUGCUUACCGGAUGAUCGCCAGCUCAAGAGCCGAGCAAGAAGCGUGAAGAAUUAUGAUAGCAUCACCACCAGACCAACACGCAAAGAAGAGGCAUUUCAGGUUGUCGCGAUUUCGAAAGGGCACGCCUUCUAUGAAGAUGGAGAGGACUACGACUUUAUCAGUGUCCUGUGGGUUGAAUGGGCUGAUGGGAUAGCGUAUCGCAAAGGACUGGGACGUGUCUUUCUACAUGUUUGGGAAAAGCAGCCUCUUGAAGAUAUUGAACUCAUUCUGGGAUGA